UCCUUCUUCUCUUCACUUAAUCAACCGUCAGAUUUUAAUCCAACGGUCUUUAUUAAAUCUAAUUUUAUCUCUUUCUCUCUUUAAAUUAAACCCAAACCCGGUCUAAUUUCUCUUCUCCUAUUUCUCUCUUCUCUCUCUCUUUAAGUGAGCUUCGCCGUUAAACUUUCUCCGGUACCGGGAAAUUAACGAAGAAAGCGAAAAGUCACUGUUACACUAAUAUCACAAAUCUCUCUCUGUCUCUCUCUCUCUCUUUGUCGAAGUCGUGCGUGAUGCUAGUUACGGUGGUGAAGCAGCGGUUAGUGUACUCUCGCCGGAGAAAUUGGUUAUGACCGGAAUCUCACCUCCGUGAUCGAAGAAACUGUUUUCGUUUUUUUAUCGUUACGAAGAAAUGGAAAAACAGGCGAAGCUAACGAGGACACAGUCGUCGUUACUCCGGUCAUCGUCGAAUCUCCGUUCGUCAUAUCAAAGCUUAUCUUCAAUCGUCGAAGGCGAGCAAGAUCUAGAAGCCGGAGAGAAAGAAGAGAAACAGAGAAGAAAACCACCUAAACCAUUCGGUUCACCAAAUCCUAAAACCGGUUUAACCAGAAUCAAUCCCGGUUUAGCUUUCACAAUGGUAUCUCUCUCUUUCCUAAGUCUCUCAUCGUUCUUCUUCUUCGUCGUCUUCUCACAAACCGAUGAGAUUCUCACAUCGGAGAAUCUUUUACUAGCUUUAAUCUUCGUCGCUGUAGCUCUCUUCUUCGCUUCCAAGAACAUCUCUCUACUAAACCAAACCGUAAUCGCAAUCAAAAACUUAGGGUUCCAAAACAGAGACUCGAAAUCAAAACCGGUACAAUGGUACAUCGGAGACGAUUCAAAACCGGAGAAGAAGGUAAUCAAGAGAUUCGUUAAAGAAGGAGUUCAAUUCUACAGUAAUGGAGAUUUCUACGAAGGUGAAUUUAACAAAGGGAAGUGUAACGGAAGUGGUGUGUAUUACUAUUUCGUGAGAGGACGUUAUGAAGGAGAUUGGCUAGAUGGGAGAUAUGAUGGUCAUGGGAUUGAGAGUUGGGCUAGAGGAAGUAGAUAUAAAGGUCAAUAUAGGCAAGGUCUUAGACAUGGUUUUGGUGUUUAUAGAUUCUACACUGGUGAUUGUUAUGCUGGUGAGUGGUUUAAUGGUCAAAGCCAUGGUUUUGGUGUUCAAUCUUGUUCUGAUGGUAGCUCUUACCUUGGUGAGUCUAGAUUUGGUGUUAAGCAUGGUCUUGGUUCUUACCAUUUCAGAAAUGGAGAUAAGUAUGCAGGAGAGUACUUUGGAGACAAGAUUCAUGGGUUUGGUGUGUAUCGAUUUGCUAAUGGACACUGUUAUGAAGGAGCAUGGCAUGAAGGUCGUAAGCAAGGGUUUGGUGCUUACUCGUUUAGAAAUGGUGAUGCUAAAUCUGGUGAAUGGGAUUCAGGGGUUCUUGUGACUUCACUUCCUCUUACGAGUGAGCCAGUUUCAAGAGCUGUUCAGGCGGCUCGAGAAACAGCGAAUAAGGCAGUGAAUCGGAGACGAGUAGAUGAGCAGGUGAGCCGAGCUGUGGCUGCAGCUAAUAAGGCUGCUACGGCUGCAAGAGUGGCUGCUGUGAGAGCCGUUCAGAAUCAAAUGGAUGGUAAAUUUUGUCAAAGUUGAAAAAAGGAAAAUGUAAAAAAUCUUUUUUUUUACCGGUUUCUCUGUAACCCUGAAUCGAAAGUUUGUUUCAGAGGUUUGUAACAGAGAGUUAAUUUUCGAUCUUUUUACUAAUGUAACAAAACUGUAAAUAGUUGAAGAAGAAGCUUUGUUUUUGUUGUAAAAUCAACGGCUUGAAAUGGAGCUUAUUUUGGUUUUGAUCGAAUCUUUGGGAACAAGUGAUUUUGAUUGAUAUUAUGAUUCUUGAUCUGGAUCACUGACAAUAUCGAUUCCCUUUAGUUAUU